AUCAGAAUAGCUCCAAUACAAGAAAUAUGUGAAAACUGUUCCAAGAUUUGGGAAGUGAAAUAUAAAUGAACCGUGAUUUAUUUUUUACAAUUAACCUAGGAUCCUAACAUUGCAUGCAAACUUAACGUCUUAGCUACCUACUAACGUUCGGUGAUUUUUAUUAUUUAAGAUGCUACGGAAGGGAAAGAUUCAUUCAGUCGCACCGAAAAUGGUGUUUUCCGGAUCUGUGAGUCAACAAGCAUGAACUUCCCAGCCAGUUUCCGGGAAAGGAUUAAGCUCCCUGUACCGCCGCAUUCUGAUUCAUCACCACACAAAGCGUAGCUAUGGAGAAAGCUGCAAAGACCAGCGAAUCAAUCCGUUGGAAUGACGUCGAAACUGGUACGAGUUGCUUCAUCCUUCUUAGUUUCAGGAACACCCUCAUCAAGCCUACGAUGCACAAAGCAUCCAUUGCCGCUUCCUUAACCUCCGGACCAGCAGUUCCCCGACUUCCGUUAUGGCUUCCGAAGUGAAAGUGGCCCGUCAUUUGAGGUCAUCAACCUGCGUCCUCCUGGCCUGGAAUCCAACCCAUCGCGGAAGCCGCGGCGGACUUGCUUAAACUUAUUGGCGGGUAGUAUGGUGUGGGUUAGCCGCACUCUCUUAGUCAGACAGUAUGGCAGAUUUAUGGAUGACCUAAGGAUCUAUGUGAAAGGUGGAACUGGUGGAAUGGGUCAUGCUCAUUUAGGUGGCAUUGGAGGAAAAGGCGGUGAUGUCUGGUUAAUAGCAGAUGAAAAAAUGACCUUGAAGAAAAUGAAAGAUAAAUAUCCAAAGAAGCGGUUUGUGGCAGAAGCAGGAACCAACAGUAGUAUUGCUGCACUGAAAGGAAAUAAAGGAAAAGACUGUGAAGUAAAUGUACCUCCAGGAAUAUGUGUUACUACAGAUGAUGAGAAACAGCUUGGUAAACUUGACAAAGUAGGAGAAAGAUUGUUGGUAGCACACGGAGGUAUUGGUGGAUGUCCAGUAACAAAUUUCUUGCCUACCAGAGGUCAGGUUCACAUGAUACAUCUUGAUCUAAAACUUAUUGCAGAUGUUGGUUUAAUUGGAUUUCCAAAUGCAGGAAAGUCCUCUUUAUUAACUAAGAUUUCUCAUGCCAAACCUCAAAUUGCAGAUUAUGCUUUCACAACACUAUCUCCCGAAAUUGGAACUGUGAUGUAUCCUGAUCACAAGCAGAUAACAGUUGCUGAUCUUCCAGGAUUAAUAGAAGGUGCCCACGCAAAUAAAGGAAGAGGCCAUAAAUUUUUGAAACAUGUGGAAAGAACUAAACAACUUCUCUUUGUUGUUGAUGUGUCUGGGUUCCAACUUACUUCUCAUAAACCAUUCAGGACGGCAUUUGAAACCAUAAUGUUACUAGCAAAGGAGCUGGAACUGUAUAAAGAGGAACUUCAAGUUAAAUCUGCAUUGCUUGCUGUGAAUAAAAUGGAUUUGCCUAACGCCAAAGAAAAUUUUGAAAAGUUAAUGGAACAAUUACAGAACCCUCAAAAUUAUUUACACUUGCUUCCACAAAAGAUGAUUCCUGAAGUCACUGUCAAAUUCAGGGAAAUCAUUCCCAUAUCUGCACUUACUGGCGAAGGAUCUGAGCAGUUGAUUACAUGCUUAAGAAAAAUAAUAGAUCAAGAAACUGAAGAAAAGAUUGAAAGUUAUCAGAGGGAGCAACUCAAUGCAUUACAUCUCUCAAAAAUAUAGCAACGUUUUCCAAUUAAACCAAUACAUCAAUUUUUGUAACUCUGCUUCUAACUGAAUUCAUGCAAAGUUAUGGUUGCUUCUCUUUUUAAGUAUAAAUAUGUGUAUUUUGUUCUUGUAAAAUAGUAAAUACAUAUGUAGAUUUUAAAGUUAUGUAUCUCAUGUACUUUGUAGAAUAAAUUUUAAAACAUGUAAAUAUAUAAUUUUAUAUAUUGA